AUGGACGCCCUCAAGCAGUACCUGCCGCCCGGCGACGGCUACCUCCCCUACUACAUGUUCAUCACCUCCGUGAUCGCAGUAGGCAACUCGCUGCAGAACUACCUGACGCUGCACUUCUCGCGCCGCUUCUACAACGGCCAGUUCGUCCCGAACCCCUCGCUGGGGCCCAAGACCGCCGCCUUCAACCCGGAGGACUCGACCCAGAAGCUGAUCCCCGCCACGCCGGCCAACGCGCCCAAGACCGCCCAGACGACGGACCAGGUCACGCCGCUCGCCGCCCGCCUCUUCGCCACCUACACGCUCAUCUCGGCCAUCAUCCGCCUGUACGCCAGCCACCACCUCGACAUCGAGCCCGUCUACAUGUUGGCCGUGUGGACGUACGUGGUCGCCCUCGGCCACUUUGUGAGCGAGGGCCUGGUCUACAAGACCUACUACCUCGGCGGCCCGCAGGUGCUGCCGCUCUUCUUCGCCACCACCGGUAUCGUGUGGAUGACGAUGCAGAAGGGGUUCUACGUGCAGGCGUAG